AUGAAGUGGUCUGCCCUCACUGUCGCCCUGGGGCUCGGCCCCGCCGCAGCCAGCAUCAUCGCCUUCUCCCCGCCAGAAGCCCCAGAAAUCAGCUUCAGCCUGACGAUCCCGAACACCACGGCCGCGGCCAACACCGGCCCGAUCUACAUCCAGAUGGUGGCGCCGACCAGCAUGCAAUGGGUGGGACUCGGGCAGGGGGCCCAAAUGGCGGGCUCGAACAUGUUCAUCAUGUACGCCUCCUCAGGCAGCAACAUCACGCUGUCACCACGCAACGGACUGGGACACUUCGAACCGAAACCCAACCCAAGCUCGGAAAUCACCCUCCUCCCGGGCACCGGCAUCACCAACAACACCAUGACGGCCAACAUCCGCUGCGACAACUACUCCCUCCCCUUCUCCUCCUCCCCACCCCACGCGCCUCCGAAAUCCAUGCACAAGAUCCUCAUCGCCCACGCCACGCUCAUGUGCCUGACCUUCGUCUUCUUCUUCCCGCUCUUCGCCUUCCUCGUCCCCUCUCCCCUCCCCAUCUCCAUCGCCAAGAUCCACGCCCCCCUCCAGCUCUUCACCCUCGCCCUCGCCAUCGCCGGCUUCGGCAUGGGCGUCUACCUCGCCUCCACCAACCACGAACUGCGCCACGCGCACCCCGUCAUCGGAAUCAUCGUCAUCGGCAUCUUAACCCUCGUGCAACCCGCCAUGGGAAUCAUGCAGCAUCGGCAUUUCAAGCGCGAGGGCGGGAAGAGCGUCUUCGCGUAUGCCCAUCGCUGGGUCGGGAGGUGUAUGAUUAUCCUGGGGAUGAUCAAUGGCGGGUUGGGCUUCAGGAUGGCCGGUGUGGGGGGCAGGUUUGCGCCCAGGGGCGUGGUUAUUGCGUAUGGGGUUGUCGCGGGGUGUGUCGGGGUGGCGUAUUUGGAGACGGGCGAAAGAACGAUGAAAUAUCCAUGCGAUAGGAAACGGGACGAGACAAACAUGAGACGUUAAGUUGAUACUAAGUAAUGCCAAAGACAUGGAUUAAGAAGCAGCCAUCUCUAAGUAUUGCGUUUUGCUCUGUUAUCGAUGGAUGAGUCUGUCGAGAGGAGAUAAUCCCCAGCACAAGAUUAGUAGUAUAGUAGGUAGACUAGCAAAUCGCCAUCAGAGCUGAAGCAGUACCUGUGCAUGAUCAAUCAGUGCUGUCUCUGGUGAUCGUCUCGGAGAGUAUAUCGAUGUCAGAAGUGCCAUUGACGAUGGGAGGCAGGAUCCAAUAAGAAGACUGGUAGUGGCUAUAGUGCAUCUGCUAGAAUGAGCACUGGAACCCAUCCGAGCGUUGAAUACUGUUAUGGUCGAGUUUCAUGCCCGCUCUCUCACCUCACUCAGACCCUCAUCCCCCAAAAAGGAGGAAUGAUGGUAUGAUUGUCUCCCAAUGUGCCUGCCAUCUGACCGGACCCAAUGCCUCGAGGGUCUCCCCAACCAUGUCUUCGUAUCAAAAAA